CGCUCAGAAACCAAGACCACAUUUUAUUCAUUUCCAUUAAUCAGUCGCUCCGAAAGAAGGCAAUGACAUCUGGUCCUGUCUUCUUCUACAUCUUAAUAAUCGGAAAAUACUUCACCCGAGCGAGUGAGCAGGAUGGCCGGUGCCCGCUGGGCUCCUUCCCCUGCGGGAACCUCACCAAGUGCCUGCCCCAGCUGCUGCACUGCAACGGCGUGGACGACUGCGGGAACCAGGCGGACGAGGACAACUGCGGAGACAACAACGGAUGGUCCCUGCAACUGGACAGAUAUUUCGCUAAUUACUACCAAAUGGCCUCCCUAUACCCUGCCAAGACAGAAACAUCUCAGUGCCUGGUGGGUUCCGUGCCCGUGCGUUGCUUGUGCCAAGGUCUGGAACUGGACUGUGAUGAAGCCAACUUACGAGCUGUUCCAUCUGUUUCUUCAAAUGUGACUGUCAUGUCACUUCAGUGGAACUUCAUAAGAAAGCUUCCUCCCAAUGGCUUCAAGAAGUACCAUGAUCUCCAGAGGCUGUGCCUGCAAAACAAUAAGAUUAGAUCUGUGUCUGUGUUCGCUUUCCGAGGACUGUUCGGCCUCACUAAACUGUAUCUCAGUCAUAACAGAAUAGCCUUCCUGACACCAGGCGUUUUUGAAGAUCUUCACAGACUAGAGUGGCUGAUAAUUGAAGAUAAUCACCUCAGCCGAAUUUCCCCAGUAACGUUUUAUGGACUAAAUUCUCUAAUUCUCUUGGUACUGAUGAAUAAUGUCCUCACCCAAUUACCUGAUAAGCCUCUUUGUCAGCACAUGCCCAGGCUGCACUGGCUGGAUUUUGAAGGCAACCAUAUCCAUAAUUUAAGAAAUUUGACUUUUAUUUCCUGCAGUAAUCUGACUGUUUUAGUAAUGAGGAAAAAUAAAAUUAAUCACCUAAAUGAAAAUACUUUUGCACAACUCCAGAAACUAGAUGAACUGGAUUUAGGAAGUAAUAAGAUUGAAAGUCUUCCACCGCAUCUAUUUAAGGAUCUGAAGGAGCUGUCGCAAUUGAACAUUUCCUAUAAUCCAAUCCAGAGAAUUCAAGCAAACCAAUUUGAUUAUCUUGUGAAACUAAAGUCUCUCAGCCUAGAAGGAAUUGAAAUUUCAAAUAUCCAACAAAGGAUGUUCAGGCCUCUUCGGAAUCUCUCACACAUAUAUUUUAAGAAAUUUCAGUACUGUGGCUAUGCCCCACAUGUUCGCAGCUGUAAACCAAAUACAGAUGGAAUUUCAUCUCUUGAGAAUCUUUUGGCAAGCAUUAUUCAGAGAGUGUUUGUCUGGGUUGUAUCUGCGGUCACCUGCUUCGGAAAUAUAUUUGUUAUUUGUAUGCGUCCUUACAUCAGGUCUGAGAACAAGCUACAUGCCAUGUCCAUCAUUUCUCUCUGCUGUGCUGACUGCCUCAUGGGAGUAUAUCUGUUUGUGAUCGGAGCCUUCGACGUCAAGUUCCGGGGAGAGUACAAUAAGCACGCCCAGCGGUGGAUGGAGAGCAGUCCUUGUCAGCUCAUGGGCUCAUUGGCCAUUCUGUCCACAGAAGUAUCAGUUCUACUCUUAACAUUUCUGACAUUGGAAAAGUACAUCUGCAUUGUGUAUCCUUUUAGAUGUUUAAGACCUCGAAAAUGCAGAACAAUUACAGUUCUGAUUCUCAUUUGGAUUAUUGGCUUUAUAGUGGCUUUCAUUCCCCUGAGCAACAAGGGAUUCUUCAAGAACUACUAUGGCAGCAAUGGAGUGUGCUUCCCUCUUCAUUCCGAAGAUACAGAGAGCAUGGGAGCCCAGACUUAUUCUGUGGCAAUUUUUCUCGGUAUUAACUUGGCAGCCUUUCUCAUCAUCGUCUUUUCCUACGGAAGCAUGUUUUACAGUGUUCACCAAAGCACCAUAACAGCCACUGAAAUACGGAAUCAAGUUAAAAAAGAGAUGACCCUUGCCAAGCGGUUUUUCUUUAUCGUAUUCACGGAUGCGCUAUGCUGGAUACCCAUUUUUAUACUGAAAUUUCUUUCACUGCUUCAGGUAGAAAUACCAGGUACCAUUACUUCUUGGAUGGUAAUUUUUGUCCUACCGAUCAACAGUGCCUUGAACCCAAUUCUCUAUACUCUGACCACAAGACCAUUCAAAGAAAUGAUACAUCAGAUUUGGUACAACUAUAGGCAACGAAGGUCCAUUGACAGCAAAGGAAGCCAGAAACCGCGAGCUCCGGCGUUCAUCCGGGUAGAAAUGUGGCCCCCAAAGAAGAUGCCAUCUGACUUAGGAAAGCCGGCUGCUUUCACAGACCCCUGUGAAAUGUCACUCAUUUCCCAAUCCACCAGACUCCAUUCCCAGUCCUGAUUGGCUCUGAAACUCUGAAACCGAUUUCUUCACAGAGAGUACUAUGGGGUGCUUCAGGAAGGACUUACAGUUGUGAGAUAAAUGCCACAAAAUUAAUCGUUUACAACCACUAAGACAAGUUAGAUUACAGGGAUCUAAGGAAAAAUUAAGUGACCCAUUCUCACAUAGAGAGAAGUAAUUGUACUGACGAUGUGUAUAUAUUAGAACCUAUUUUAUUUAUGAAGUUAGCAAAAUCUACUUCCAAGAUGAAUUCUUUCUUCUAACAUGCAUUUACUGAGUACCCCAUGCAUGGUAGAGUGCUAGAAGUGGCCAACACAGAACCUUUCAUCUGUAAACUGUGCUUAAACAAGACUAGACAAAGACAUCUACAGCUCCUGGAUUGAAGUACAGCUUCUUCAGUUGUAUCAGUAAACACAAGAAUCAGACAUCUCAAAGUUUAAAGUCUUAGAACAUUCAAUGUAAUGGCAUAAGAAAAAAUGUCCAAAAAUAUAACUAUUCUGUUUUAAGAAUGCUUAUCUGUCUUCAAGUCUCCACACAAUGAGAGCCAAUAUGACAUAUUUAUCAUCAUAAACACAGAUGCUUAGCUAUAAA